UUCAUAAUCUUGUAGAUUCUUGAUAUUUUUCUUUCCUUUAACGAGCGAGAAAAGAUCUGAGAUUUGUUCAAUAAUAUUUGGAGUAUUCUAGUGAUUUUCAAUCAAUCAUGGCAUCUUCUUCUCCUGCAAAGAACAAGAUCUCUGUUUCUGCUUCUUCUCUACUGUCUUCCUCUUCUCCUUCAAUGCCUUCCAGACCAAACCCUAAACCCAGAAACUCGGAGACCGGAGAUCUGAUGCGGCGCAGUUUUCGUGGCAACCCAUUUCCUGCAGAUUCGUCCCGGAGAAACUCUGUUGGUAACAGUCGUGUUGAGUUCGGAGAUAAAGAGAACCACCAGAGCGACAAGGACCUAAUCUCGAAUGUGGUGGUCAACAAAGGUCCGAAAGGUUCCAAACAUUUCAUGUCACCAACCAUUUCAGCCGUUUCUAAGAUCAAUCCGUCGCCGAGGAAGAAGAUCUUGUCUGAUAAAAACGAAAUGUCUCGAUCCUUUGACAAAACCCAUCAUCAGGUCAAGUCAUCUGUCUCCUUUUCUGAUGUCAUAAGUAUCAUUGGGGAAUAUAAAGAUCAUGAUGAGAUUUGCAUCGAUGAAAAGAAGCACUUUGAUAUUAAGGAAUCGUAUGAUACUACUGUCACUGAUUUCGAUGAGAAUCUUGAGAACCAGAGCAAUGAUGGUUCAAGCUUCAUGAUCAGCCCUCUUCCACCUUCUGUUCCAUACACAUUCCCUGUGUUUGAGUCUCAUGAUGUGGAUCCCUUGGUGGCUCCUUAUGAUCCAAAGAAGAAUUACCUGUCACCGAGGCCCCAGUUUCUUCAUUACAAGCCAAAUCCAAGAAUUGAGCAUCAUUUUGAUGAGUGCAAGCAGCUAGUGGAGCUUUUCAGCUCUUCCUCUGACACUGAUUUGUCAGCAGAGGAAAGCCAACAAGAGGAGGAAGUUGAUUCUCCGGAAGGUGUAGUUUCUGUAGAAGUGGCAGAGGAAACUCAAGAUGUGGGUGGUGAAGAGCGUUUGGAAGCACCAAAAAGUGAUAAAGAAGAAGAGGAAGAAAAGGUAUGUGAAAGCGUUGAAGAAGAAACUCACCAGGUUUCAAAAAGGUCUCGGGUCAAGAUGUCAACGCUGCUUGGUUGGAUUAUGGUCGUUGGUGUGGCGUAUGUGUUGCUGGUUUCUUCGGUGACAUUAACUCAACCAAGCAUCAUUGAAAGUUCACCUUUCUAUCAGUUUCAGAUCCCAACACAAGUCACAAAGUCUGCAAGAGAGACCUAUGAGCAAGUGAGUGUAAAUCUGGUGAUGUGGGUAGAAUCAUCUCUUGUGUAUAUUGAUAAGCUGAUCUCAAGUCUAAGAGAGGAAGAGGGCUACGGUCCUUUUCAGUUUCACAAUUUGACAAUUCUUUUAGAAGAUAAAAAAAAUUCUGAUACUGUUUUCCAGACAAGUGGUGGUGAAGUCAGUGUUGAUGAGUUCUUAGUUGAUAGCAAAGACUGGAGCUUAGAAAUGGAUGGAGAAGAAGAGGAACUUGAAGAAGAACCGGAGAACAGUGGUGAAAUCAGACUUGAAACUGUCUACGAAGAGGAUGGUAAUGAAGUCGAGCAGGAGAGUGAAGGAGGGGAGGUAAACUCAGAAAUGAUUUUUGAAUUUGAUGAGCAGGCUGAGAUCAAGAUAGCUACAGAUACAGAUACAGAUACAGAUACAGAGGUGAGUGGAGGUGAAAGAUAUUCAAAAACUCUUUCUGAAGAAGUAAAUGGUGGCCAGGAAACUGAUAAUGUUGAAGGGCAGAGAGAAUAUGAAGAAAAUGACCAGAAGAACAGCGAGGAAGGUCAUGUAUCUGAAACUGGAUUUGCCCAAAAUGAUGAGAAGAACAGGGAAGAAUAUGAAUCCAACUCACACCAGCUUGAUGAUGUGGAGUCUGCUACAAUUAGUGGUCCUCAGCAAAAAGAAAUAGAAGUAGCCAAUGCAGAAACUGUAGCAGAAGAAGAAGGUGUGGGGGAAAUUGUUGGAAACAGCAUUGGUGUUUCAGAAGAAGCUACAGAUGUAGAGCAUGAUGGUAAUGACCUAGAAGAAGACAGUGGGUUUGGUGAGGUUGUUAAUGAUGCAGGUGCGGAUGGAAUUUUGUUAAGUAAUCAUAAGAAAGUGGUAGUCGUGUGUUCGACUGUGAUGGUUAUACUUGCAGCAGCAGCAGCUGGUUUCUUAUUAGCCAAGAAGAAGACAAAACCAGUGAAGAUGCAACGUGAAGAUUGUGAGCCGACAACAAUCUCUGCAACUGAAGUUGAGCAUGUGCCAGUAGAGAAUCUGAUCAAAGAAAGGCUUUCUUCACUAAAUUUCAAAGAAGAAGAAGAAGAUGAAGUUGGUGAUGUUAGAGAAAGAGAGGUAUCAUCAUUCCCUUCUGAGAUGAGCUUCAGUUUCAGUAAGAACAAAUCAUUACACAGCUGCAGCAACAACAGAGAUGAUCCUAAAGAAUACCAAAGUGGUGGAGGAGGCAAGAAGAGUAAUGAUAGCGGAGAAUCCAUGGCUUCCUCGGCAUCAGAAUACUCCAUAGGCUCUGUUUCAUAUGGGAGUUUCACAACAUACGAGAGGAUACAAAAGAGAAGUGGUCACAAAGAGAAAGAGAUGAUAACACCUGUGAGGCGUUCAAGCAGGAUCAGGAACCAUCAACAUUCUGGACAAUGAGUUAGAGAAUUAGCUUUGAUUCUAUGAAGUACUGAUUUGUAGGAAGCUUUUCCAUCUCACUGAAGCUUAAGUAGUAUGUUGUUGUCUUGGUAAUCUUUGCUUUUAGGUUUGAUUUUUCUCAUUUAAGUUUCUGGCUUUAUCAUUUGUUUGAGAUAUUGUACUUCAGUGCUACUAGCCUACUACAUAUGAUGAGCCUUUUCGUCUACUUUUAAUGACAUUGUUCAUCUUUUCUGAA